CGCGGGGCGGCUGCGGAGCAGGUGGCGGGCCGAGGCGCCACGUGCUGCCGGCGGCCGGUGGAAACGGUUGGCAGGCGCUGGCCGAGAGUGGAAGAUUCACAACCUGUCUUGGACAGAAGCUGUUUUAAUCAUUAACUGAAAAUGGUGUUUUUUACUUGCAACGCGUGUGGUGAAUCAGUGAAAAAGAUACAAGUGGAAAAGCAUGUAUCUGUGUGCAGAAACUGUGAAUGCCUUUCUUGUAUUGACUGCGGGAAAGACUUCUGGGGCAAUGACUACAAAAACCAUGUGAAGUGUGUGAGUGAAGACCAGAAGUAUGGUGGCAAAGGCUACGAAGGUAAAACGCACAAAGGUGACGUGAAACAGCAGGCAUGGAUUCAGAAAAUUAAUGAAUUAAUUAAGAAGCCCAAUGUCAGUCCCAAAGUGAAAGAGCUUUUAGAGCAGAUUAGCACAUUUGACAACGUCCCCAGGAAAAAGGCAAAAUUCCAGAACUGGAUGAAGAACAGUUUGAAGAUUCACAAUGAGUCUGUCCUGGAGCAGGUGUGGAAUAUCUUUUCUGAAGCCUCAAGCAACGAGCCAGCUGAUAAGGGGCAAGUUCAGCCGCCACCCACCAAAGGGGUAAGUCCGCACGCAGAAACCCCUGCCCAGGUUCCAGCCUCUGACGCAAAUGAUGCUACAGUGAAGCAGGCAGAGGUGAAGAAGAAUAAGAGAGAGAGGAAGGAGGAGCGACAGAAGAACAGAAAGAAAGAAAAGAAAGAGCUCAAACUGGAAAACCACCAAGAAAACGCCAAGGGCCGGAAGCUCAAGAAGUGCAGAAAGGAACCCGACACUGAACUUGAGGCCAACGGGGAGGAAACGCCCAAGGCCAAUGGCUCGACCAGCAAGAGGACCAAGAAGAUGAGCAAGGGAGAGGAGGCAGCGGACAGGGGAGAGGGUGCCGGUGCAGAGGAGACAAAGUCAGCUGUGGGGAAAAGAAAACGGAAGCAGGAAGAAGCCGAGACAGAUUCCAAGAAGAAAAAGAUGAAGCUGGCAGUGCGUGCCGAGGGUGGAGAACCGGAAGAGCCCGAGGCGCCUGCGCAAGGUAAAUUCAACUGGAAGGGGACUAUUAAAGCAGUUCUGAAACAGGCUCCCGACAAUGAAAUCUCCAUCAAAAAACUAAGGAAAAAGGUCCUAGCGCAGUAUCACACAGUGACCGGUGACUGCCACAAGUCCGAAGAGGAGCUCGUGGUCAUCUUUAACAAGAAGAUCAGCAGGAACCCCACCUUCAGGGUACUGAAGGACAAGGUGAAGCUUCUGAAAUGAACAGGCGGAUGUGUGACACUGGAGCCCACUCUGUCCACGCCGCCCUCCACGGCUGUUUUUAGAUGUGUAAUGAAUUCCAACAACUUAGAUGUUGCUUUCUGAAACUGUAUUUUUAAGUUAAGCAAAAAAUAUAUAUUUUUUUGGUAAAACUUUUAUGAAAAAAUAAAAUAUAUUCUUGUCUAGACUUCUAA